AUGACUCGUUGCUCACUGCAGCUCAUAUCUCCCGAGAAACUCAAUUGACGAGCUAGACAGGGAAUAAGGACAGAUGUGAGAUUCCUCACCGACUGUGACUUUAACUUGUCAGCCUAUCAUAGAUCACCACCAGAUGGAUUUUCACUCUGAAUAUGGACAUUUGCAUAUGUGAAGACAACGAACAAGGGUACUUGUCAACGAACACCUCACAGAGUUGCAGUCGGAUCUCAUGCAGCGUGAUUCAUGGCCGAGAUAAUCGUACAAUGGCAACUCUGAGAGGAAAGCCAGAUGUGGCUGAUCAACUGGAUGUCAAACCUCACAUCGAAUAAAGCCCAGCAAAGAACCAUGGUAUACUUGGACAUCGCCAACCACUCAACAUACACACUAAAACAGCAUCUACAUCGCUACCAAAAGCCUAAUCCCGCUCCUUCGACCCAACAGUCGAUCUCGAACUCGAAUUCCUCAAAACCUUGCCCCCCUCCGGUCCAGAAUCAGGCGUAUGCGUCGCGCUACUCUCCCUCGCCAACGGCGACGGAAAAUCCGGCGUCACAGACCUCGAAUCAGUCCCCGGUCUUUUCGGCUUCGAGCUCGUCGACAGCCUCUUUCGCCGCGCUGACAUGGAGCCGCUGCUGGGUCGUCUAUUAACCGAGUUGUCUUCUUCGAGGGUAGGUGUGGGAGUUCGUGUUGAGCUCGUUGAGGCGCGGCGCACGCUGCUUCCGCGACGACGACGUUCGCGCUCGACGGAUAUGUGACGCGGUGGUGUCUUCUCGGGCUCGUGGCGCCGCGGUUGUCUGCCGGGGAGCCACCAUAGCCAGCCGUAUUGUUGCUUGACGAGUUGAUGAUCACGCUCUUUGACUUUUUGCCGCAGCAGGGCCCGGCGCUCAUUCUCCUUCUCCCAGUAUUCCGUCCUGUAUAGCUCCCAGUUCUCGCGGAACGUAGCAGAGAAAGGCUUUGCUAGGAGGAGCAACUUGACGUAGUCACCGCCGGGCGCUAGAUCCUCCUCGUGACCGCCCUUCUCCUCAUCUUCGUGGGGCAGUAUCAGAGUUGGGUGUGUAUCGCUCGUGAUCUGAAGUUCCUUCUCCACCUCUCGCAAAAGACUCGGUUCCACGUAUCGAUACGAUGAACUAGCCGUGUGUGAAAAGAGUCCGUACGUCAAGAAGAACCCAAUCGUCGAGAGUGCUUCGGCCCACCACGUCCGUCGUAUUAUGAUCAGCUUGCAGUUGAAGCCUCGUAGUCCUCUAUUCGAAAUGACGAACCAUCGUCUUGGCCAGCGGAUUCCACGCUCCCAGAUUCCAGUCGCCCAGACGAGUAUCGCAGUGAUGAUGCCGCCCAUGAAGCAGACCUUCUCUGCACCCUCGACAGCCCAGUAGAUAGAACCUCCUACACCACGACCGUCUUCACGGGGUGCGAGAAAGAGAGCAUAUCCAAAACCAGCGAUCCACAGUGACAGCAGUGUAAGGAAGAAGGUAUGGUGUCGCUUCCGAGCUCGUAGUUCGAGGAAUUGCGCGCGCAGUGAUGCUUCGAGGAUCAACAGGUUGAGAUAGAUCAUAGACGGUGAACUCGGCGUGUGAUGCAGCGGGUCGCCUUGUUUGAUGGUGGUGGGGAGAAUGGGACUCGCGCCGGCGACAUCUUUCGCUCCUUGCGUAGGAGCUGAGGCGCCUUUCACGAUGGAAUCGACAUCGUCGGACAUUUUUUUGGUUGGAGGCUGAGGGGCAGCCUGGUCAAAGAGAGCUCGAUGCCAUGCACUGGAGAGGAUAGGGACUCGUCAGGUGGUCAGAUAAGCGAAGGGAGAGAGCCAAAGCCGGGCUUUGAUUUGUUGAACGAGUCAGUUAGUUUUUGUUGGUGUUUUUGUUGAUCAACGUGGGCGAGUCGUGUGAUUCUUUUGGUGCUUUGGUUCCCUUUUCCCUUUUUUCCUGGGGAGAACGUGGUUCGGUUUCUUGACCCGCUUCCAUCGUCAUCACAAGCCAAAAGAGAGAGAUCUGAGGCUUUGGCUUUGGCUUUGGCUCGGUAAACGGGUACCAAGUACCGCCAAUUGUAGUGGAUUGCCCCAACACGUUGGGGAACCAUAACGGGUACUGAGUACAUCAUAAACCGAUAUAUUCCGUUUUUUCCUUGACGAGAUAUUCUAUCAUUAAUAAAUCUGUUCUCUUCUAUGUCUACUCAGCCUCUAUCGCUUACCCAAAUAAGUAAACAAUCAAAUCAAUUCCUCCGCAAUCUUACUCUUACUCUUGCGGACUUGUCCACGGACCGGAGCUUGUUUCAAACCCCGACAUUUUCGUACCUUAACUCCGGCCCGACUUUGGCUCUGUACCUGUUGCGUCACGAAACGAGGCGUCAUCCAUAAUUUUAAAGUGUUUUUUUCAGUGUCGCUACAGAGGACGAGGUUUAACACAUAUUAACCUCGCCCUCGCCCCCUUCCCAAGACAAGGAAUGCUUAGACUUCAAUCUUCUUCUGCGGUACUUCCUAUAUCGCGACUUUCUUCAAUCACCGCUUUUAAUACUAUUACUACACCUACACGAAGUAUGAGUACCGACGGUACCGUUCGUCCGCCUCAUGGUGGGAGAGUUGCCGAUGCGCCGGACGAGAUUAAACAUCAGGCUGAGUUGAAGCCUUCGCAUGCGUUCUUGUUUCCACUUGGUUAUAAAGAUGCUGCGUAUCAAUGGUGGACGAGUUUGGCUCCUCAAGCCGUUGAGCGUAAUUUAUUGAACCUCAUGCCGCACCUUAGAGAGGCGAAUGACAGUAUUACCAAUAUCGAUACUCCCGAACGACCUGAUCCUUACGGUACACGAGUAUGGCGAAGAACAAUGGUCCAUCUUUCCGGAAAGAACCGAGCCUUGAACGAAGUAACCGUCGAGCGAGUCGGAGAAAAGGAGGAGGAUGCCCUCGUCAUGAUCCACGGAUACGGCGCUGGUCUUGGUUUCUUCUACAAGAACUUCGAGCCUAUUUCUCGCAUGAAGGGACUCAAGCUCUAUGCGCUGGACAUGCUGGGCUGUGGAAACUCGUCACGACCGGCCUUCAAGAUCCAUGCGAAGAAAAAGGAAGACCAAGUCAUGGAAGCGGAGGGUUGGUUUGUCGAUGCGCUAGAAGAAUGGCGAAAGGCCAGAAAGCUCGAACAGUUCACACUUCUUGGUCACUCGCUUGGUGGUUAUCUUGCAGUUUCAUACGCCAUCAAAUAUCCCGGCCGACUUAAAAAGCUCAUUCUGGCGUCUCCAGUCGGUAUCCCAUCUGAUCCCUACGCCGUCAACGCCUCUAUGCCCGAACCGAACACAUCAACGAUCCAAAACGAAAUCACACAAGAUCAGCAAAGCACGACCGACCAAAAUGGUACUCUCAAAAAGCACAAGCCUGCUUCAAACGUCCUACGACGACCUUUGCCAGGCUGGUUUGUCUGGCUCUGGGAUCAGAACAUUUCUCCCUUCAGCAUCGUCCGAAUGAGCGGUCCUCUCGGUCCACGAUUUGUCUCAGGCUGGAGUUUCCGACGCUUCAACCAUCUGCCACAAGCUGAAUCACAAGCUCUCCACGAUUACUCCUUCUCGAUCUUCAAGCAAAAGGGCAGUGGUGAAUAUGCUCUAGCUUAUAUCCUCGCUCCCGGCGCAUAUGCUCGUCGUCCUGUAAUCGAUCGCAUUCAAGAAGUCGGCCGUCAAACCAUCACAAAACCCGACGGAACUACAGUCAAAGAAACCGGUAUACCGGUGGUAUUCAUGUACGGAGAAAACGACUGGAUGGACGUCGCAGGCGGUCUAGCAUCAGAAGAGAAACUCAAAGAAGCGAGACAGAAGGCCCUUGAAAACGGUACAGAAGAAGAAAAGAAGCGAGAAAACGGCAGUGCAAAGGUCCUCCUCGUUCCCAAGGCCGGCCAUCAUCUCUACCUCGACAACCCCGAAGUCUUCAACGACAUGAUCCGCAAAGAACUCGAAGACACCCGAAAAUCCGAGCAAAACAAACAAUAGCCUCAAACUUGCACGUUUGGGUUGGCUGGCAUGAGUGAUGACGAGGCAUGAAGGAAUUAACACGUCGGCGCUGUUGGCACACGCGGCAUUUUUCUGUGCGGUGCGGGAUAUAGAUGGUUCACGACAUACAGACAUUGGAAAAAGGCGUUUUCAUUACUGGGCUUUUUGUUUUCGUUAAGCUUGCGUGUUAGACUUGCGUAUACCUAUUAUAUCACCUGCUUGGCACGGCGCUUUAAGAGUAGACUGUAUAACAACAAUAUUCCAUUCAUUAUUCCUCAGGACAGAUGUAACCCAUAUCUGGGUGCUGAGUUCUUGACAUUGUUGACACAUGGCUGAAACGAUCUAAAUUGCUCGGACUGUGUUAUAUAUGAAACCUCGAUACACCUGUUUCGUCUAGGUUGAUAGCCGGUGUAGCUCAGCUCAAACACUAUCUUUUGGAUGCCGCAAGUUGUAAUGAUAGUAUAGUUGAUGGUAUUGUAGCUAAUCGUUCUUCAAGUCUAAGGCUAAGAAUGAAAAGGGAAUUUAUCCUAGCUCCCUCGUUUGUUUCAUAUUGGAGCGACCACAAUGCCCUUCAGCCAGGGUAUUCAUCAAAUCUCCUCCAACUCUUUAUUCUUAUGAAAGUGCAUCUUGCCUGCAAGGUGCGCGUGCAGAUGAUAGACACCAAUCUUCCCACCAAGACGCCGCGCAGUGAAAAUGCGAAAAAGAGUAAAAACGAAGAAAAAGAAAACAAACUGUCGUAUCAUCAUCGUGCCUCCUCCUGCUCUUGUCUUGCUUUACAAGUUGAUCAAGUCCACCUCUGAAAAGUCUGGUGGAGCUCUGCCGUAAACGACACGAACCUUGCUGUCGAGAGCUGUACCCUCGUUGCUGAUCCAGAUAUGUUCACUGUACGCCUGUGUUCGACGGAUCUCGUCGUCGCUAAUGCCAAGAUCGUCGUGUGGAAUCCAGACAGUAGGUCGACGUGCCCGAAGAGCUUCGUGCUGGAACGCGUGCCUAACGAGCGCAUCUCUCUCUUCGGGUGUAAGGUCCUCGAUUUCAUCAUGAAUACCGCCGAAUAGAGCUUCACCAAUGGCAAGCUGAGCUUCGAUAUCCUUUUGGCGGUGCUUUCUUCGAUAUUCUGAGGCUCUUUUACUCUUGUCCUUAUCCUUAUUGACACCGGCCAACUUGCGAAGCUGGUUCCCGCCAUCCUUUGCCCAUGUUCCGACCUGCUUCACAGGGCGUCGAAUGGUACCAAACUUUCGCAUCUCAAUGCCUUGACCAUUCUGGGGUUGUUGAUCCUUCUCUUGAUAAUCGGAGCUAUCACGUUCCUCUGCCAGCUCAUCAUUGUCCAAAAGACCGAGACGGCGGUCCUGGGCUCGCUGGAAUGCCUGAUCACGCAACACCGCCUCAUCUUCGAAAGUGAUCGGGAGGUAGCGGAAGAGUGGCCCGAACGAGUAGUUGAGGAGGACUUGAUACACGACGGUAAGGAUAAGAACGAUGAUCAUGAUAAUGCCGUGAGGUGUGCAGACGUUCUUGCCCUUUUCAUCCUGAACGAGGAAGAACAAACCAGCCAUGCAAAGUUCCAUGAAGUAGAUACCAGUAAAGGUCUGGUUGAUGGCUCGAGGGUACAGGACACCGCCUGUAUCAUGCUCGAAGCGGGUGACGUAGAGCAUAGCAUAGCGUUGGGCAAACCACAAGAGCGCAAAGGUAAGAAUGGCGAAGAUAGAAAUCAGUGGUGCGAUGACACAGUAGACAAUUCCGAUACAGGCGAAGUUGGUGUAGAUUGGGAAGAAUGCGCCCCAUUUCACCUGGCGCAGAUUGGUGUUCCGCGACCACUUGUUUCGCGCAGUGCUGUCAAGGAUCUUGGCAAUAACAUACCACAUGACCAGAGCUCCGAGCUGGAGGAGAGUUGCAGAGCUUGUAGACAUCGCUUGCAGAAUCAUGUAAGAGAAGAAGUAAUUGGCAGCACUGGGCAAAUUGUAUGCCAACAGAUCCAGAACGUCCCGAACGGUCUGGAGUUCUUGAACGUUGUGUACCAGCUCAUCGAGCGAUGCCGCGAAAAAGGACGCAAUAGAGACAAUCAGGAAAACUUGAAUGAACAGGAAGGCGAAGUAGAAGACCUGGACGAACUCGGCUCUCUGGGAACCUGUCUUCGCACCUUUGAAGCGAGCGAGGAAAUCCAGAAUGAUAGGAAUCAGGACCAGCAGCAGACCGAGGACGACUGCCGGCAAGACACCAGCCACGGCCUUUGCGAUGUUGUGAACUGUGUCAUUGUCUUUGAGGAAAGACAGCCACUGAUUGGAUCGAAUGAGGUUGUCAAGCUGGCUCAGCGCGGCUGUCCAAGCAACGGGGAUAGCCCAGAGAAAGAUCAUGGCAACAACGAUAACAAAGACAAAUCCGGAUCGUAGCCACUCUUGCCACCAGCUGAAAGCCAUAUUAUCCCAGUCGACAUCCUUUGGUGAGAUUUCGUUCAUUCUUGGGGCCAUUUGUCUAGGCACAUGGUGAAUGACACUCUGGCAAGCCAUAUGAGCUGCCACUUGAUGGUUGAACUGGAUAAAGGCGGAGUUCGCGAGCGGGAAUCGUUCGGGAUGUUGUUGGUCCAUUUCAAUUUCUAGGUUGAGGCGGGCCAGUUCUUCACGACACCAGUAGAUUGUGUCAACCUUCUUAGUGACGAAAGGAACUCCGAAGAGCCAGGACUGUCCGAACAGAGGAAGACGGUGCGUUGGGCGAUCCUUCUUCUUAAGAUAUUUUUCCCAUUCCGCUGGCUCGGCAUCCUCCUUGUACUCGGUGUUGUAGGCUGUAGGAUAUUCCAUGGGCUCUCCUUCAUCCUCCGGGCUCAUAAAUGGGAGAGCAUACUUUAUCUUUUGCCACAAAGGCUUGCUUUCGUUCGUCUUCUUCUGCCUGAAUGCUGCCGAAACACCUCCUUGGGGAACAGGUGAAGCAUAAGCACCAGGAGGUGGCUUCCAGAAUUGCCACCACGUAGCUUCCUCUUUGCUGUAAAUUUCGUCAAUGUUCUCCAGCUUUCGGACAGUAUUACCAGCAUUGCCAAAAUGUUCACGGUUUGGUUGGGGGUUGAUGGCAGCUGUGCUAUCGGCAGAGGCCCUGCCGUUUCGUGACUGGUUGUUCAGAACCCGGAGAGUAUCUGAAGGAGAGUUGAGCUCAUCCUCGUCCACUGAAGACCGCUCACGAACUCGAUCAGAGUUUCGAGACGUAGUUCGAGGUUCGGUUGAUUGGGAGAGGCCCAUGAAGCCAUUUGUUGUCUCCAAGGUGUCGUCAACAUUGUUGCCAGCCUUAGAAACAACACCCAUAAUUCCAUGGCCGACUUUAGCGAGCGGAUCACCUAGAAGAGGUACCUUGAACCCCUUCUUUUUGUUGUGAUCCUCAUGGUCAACCUCAAGGUCAUGGUUGUACGUCUCAUAUUGAGACUCACGAACACCGGCAUCCACGCUGUGGGGAACAUUAUGUUGAUCACCAGCCGCCGUACCUGAAGCGCUUUGGGCCAUUCGCUGGGCUGCCGCGUCGUCUCUAGCAUUCCGGUCUGCUCUUUCUUGUUUUGUUUCAGCACCAAGCUUCAACUGUUUGCGACGUUUCUUCUCUUCUGCCUUUUGCUGCUUAAGCUGUGCUUUCUUGGCAUCCUUGAUCAGAUCUGUCUCUGCUUGUUCAAGUGCCAGGUGAAUCUUAUUUCGCUCCUUGACCUUGUCCAAUAGUGUUGAUAAAUCUCGGUUGAGCCAGAUAUUUCUUAUGCCUCCAGGGAAAACAUCGAAGAGACCCAUCAAAGCGUCUUCGCUAAGCCACUUGGCAGGAAUAGAGUUGACGAGAACGGUAGUAGCCGAAGCUCUGAGUCGGUGCUCAGCGCUUGUAAGGUAAUCUUGUCGAACCUUGAUGUAUACCCGGAGCUCGAAGAAGAAGACCGUGCAAACCCAAAUAACCACCAGGAUGGCCAUCAAUAAAUGCGCUGCGUAUCGGCUCGAGUUCUUGGGGCUAACGUUU